AUGGCUUCGAGGGGCACCAUGCGUCCACCCAACGCACCUCUACAUCAACAACAAUCACAACAACAACAACAACAACAGAGACGAGAAGGACAUAAUAUACCCACAGGGACGAACAACGAGAACGUCUUCAAGGCUCCAUCACUACUCGGCCUACCCUCUUCCAUUAAACGAAAACCUUCUCACACUGAACUCAAUCCCAACGCUAAAGUCCACCUACGACGCCAAUCCACCACAGAGAACAUUCAUAACAAUAGCAAUGGCGGAGCUACAACAAACGCGACAACUGCCACCACCACCAGCAACAUCACAACCACCCCAACGGUACUAGGAACUCGGCCGUUGUCGUCGCUGGACCAUGAUGCCAACACUGCGGCCCUCCCUACCUUGAUACUAGCGCCCUUUGAGCCUUCACCUUGGCUCGAGUUUGGGAAGGUCGUGGUUGGGUCCAAAAAGACGGUUUCGAUGAUGGUUGAGAACCCAGGCGAGACGACGGAGCGUUUGGUGCUGGAUCCCGGUUGCAAGAUGGAGGAGAAGGGUUUCAACAUUCUUCAACUGGAUCCUCUUCAUACCGCUGGAAGAGCUAACACCGUUGAGUCUUUGACUCUAGGGCCAAAGUCCAAGAUGGAACUCACGAUCACCUGGACACCCCUUGUUGCUGGAAGUGUCAGAGCCAGCGCCCUCCUCAGGACCAGUAACGGCCGCUGUAUGGUGAAUCUUCGUGGAACUGGAGACGUUCCUAUUCCUGAAUAUCAAAGUCUGGGCAGCUCAACCCGAAAGAUGAUGUCGGCCAGCACUCGCAGUGUCAAGGAUCUGGGCGCAUCGGUAUUUCAACCCAAGAGCAGCACCUUGAAGCAGAGCAUGAUGCGACACAGUGUUGCACGGACAGCGUUACCAAACACAUCACCAGCACCAGGAGGAUACAGCACUUUGCCCUAUGUCACCAGCAACGAGAUGUACGACGAAAAGUGGAUCGACAAACAGGAACGGUCGUUUUCACAGUGGCUCAACUACGAGUUCCACGUCACUGUCGACUCUUUCUCACCCAAGGACCCCUCAUCAUGGAGCUACUACUCCCACAAGUUUGAGUACGAACACACUCGGGCGGCUGCAUUCAAGAUCUACCAGUCUGACAGUUUUCGGAUCGUCCUCCGCAAGGUCGAAGAGUCCAUUGCGCGGGACCGGCUACAACUCCGAGCAGACUGUAAUUUUGCGGGAGAUGUCGCUGCCAGGCGAGAGGUCAUUGACCUUUUCUUCUCGUUCGACAUUCGUUGGCUUGUUCUUGGUCUGGAGACCAUCACCGGCAAGGCCACUGCCAUCAACCCCAACUUUGACCGCCCCACCAUCUCUGGCUUUAUCAACAAGGCCGUUUUUCACGACAAACAAAUCGAGGCGGAACUUGAGCCAGACAGGGUUCUUUCCAAUCGACCCAAGUUUUACCAGACCAUGAACAGGCUGAUUCUCAAGAGGAUCUUUAUGUUGAUUCUGUUCCUCGACAAGGCCAAAACCGCCCGAUUGAUCCCCUCUGAUCCAUGUCUGUUCAACAAGGAUUCGGAUAUCAAAUCUUGUCGGACGUUGCUUCUGACAAUCUCCAAGACCUAUCUCAUGGGCGAAGGAGACAUUAUUCGACAUCUCAUAUUCAUGGGAUACUCUGUUAUUCAUAAUCAGGCACCGCUGGAUGAGUUUGACUUUACCGUCAAGAACCUGGCCGUCGAUCUGCGUGAUGGUGUUCGACUUUGUCGCCUUAUUGACCUGCACUGCCCCGAGCUCAGCCUCAGUCAGAAAAUGAAAUUUCCAACGCUCUCCAAGACGCAUAUGCAGCAAAAUGUGAACUUGGCACUAAGCGCACUAGUUACUCAAGGCAUUUCGUUAGAGGGCACUCGUGGCGGCGUUGUCACCCCUCGCGACAUUGUGGAGGGUCACCGUGAAAAGACUUUUGGACUGUUAUGGAAGCUGAUCCUGAAUUGGAAGGUUGCCGUGCUUGUUGACCUUAGCGUGCUCGAGGCAGAGAUUGCGGCGCUGAAGGCAGAAUAUAAGCGAAUCUAUGGAGUCGACCAACCCGACCGCGUCGAUACGGUAUACUUCACUUCGGAUCAACUGUCAGCACUUCUUCGCUGGUGCCAGGCUAUAGGGGCGUUCUACAAUCUCUCAAUCAACAACUUUACAACAUCAUUUGCCGACGGGCGUGGUUUCGGAGCGCUUCUGAGCUACUACCACCCUACACUUCUCGAUAUGACCGAGAUGAAGGACUCUGCCCGUUUCUUGAGCGAGUACAAGCAGGGGAUGCACCAACCUGAGCUCGAGAUUACAGGAGGCGCUGACGGGAAGGGAUGGUUUAUUGAUACCAAGGAUGUCAAGGACCCGAUUACCCAGUCCAAGGAGAUGGAUCGCUUUAACUACCGACUCCUACACACCAAAGUCCAAGCGCUAGGCGGUGUUCCUAUCACACUACGCCAUGCAGACAUGUCGAAUGUGGGAGUGCCGGAUGAAAAGGCGGUCAUCCUGUUUGUGACCUACCUCUGCGCGCGACUGAUGCAUCUCAACAAGGACAUUCGAGCUGCCAAGACAAUUCAGCGGAUCUGGCGCAAGAAGCACUAUGGCCGCAAGGAGGAGACCAGGGUCAAGGCGACAGUCGUUAUCCAAAAGCACAUCCGGAGAUAUUUGUCCGGCAGGCAUGUCCACAAGAUCAAGGAGCAGAAGAUCGACGCCGCUCUCUUAAUCCAGACGGGUUGUCGCGCUUACCUUGCUCAGACGCGCGCGAUCCAAAAGAUGGAGACUGUGAUGACCUUGCAAACCCAGUGCAGGGCGUUCUUGGCGAGGAAGCAAUUCUUGGAGAUGCAAUGGGCUGCCCUGACGGUGCAGCGGUACUACCGUGGACAUGCUACCCGUCAACAUUAUGCGCCAAUCUUUGAGGAGUACCGGAGUUCUCGGGCGAUUCAGGCGCAAGCUCGCGGAUAUAUCGUCCGGAAACAGUUUCUUUUGCUCAGGAUUGCUGCUGAGAUUGUCCAGUCCAGGCGACGUGCAUUGGUCGAGGGCCGUAGAGUUCGCCAGCUUUAUAUUGAGAUUGUAUCUGCCUCUGUAGUCAUUCAGCGGACAUGGAAGGCCACUGUUGCUGGAAGAGCUGUUCGUCAGCAGUUUGUCCAGCUUCGGAGUUGGGCUGUUGCCCUUCAGGCGCAGGUCCGGUCCAAGUUGGAACGUCACGCUUUCCUGGAGAAACAAUGGGCUGCGGUGAUUAUCCAGCGACGGUGGAGGAUGCGUGCCCUGGCCAAGAAUCAGCAGCUGCGGUACCAGGAACUCCAAUGGGCAGCACGCACGAUUCAGGCUGGAUGGAGGGCUGUCGUGGCUCGCCGCGACGCCCAGUACAAAUACCAGACGCUGCAAUGGACUGUCGUCCAGAUCCAGACUACCUACCGUGCCAAGGUUGUCCAGUUCCAGUACCGCCAGCUGCGUGCAGCUGCUAUUGCGGUUCAGCAUCGUCGGAGGGCGCUGGUUGAGGGGCGCGAGCAAGAGUACCGGUUCUUGCAGAUCCGUGCUGCUGUUCGGGUCAUUCAGGAUCGUCGACGGGCUCUUUUGCAGGGACGUAAGACCAGACAAGAGUACCAGGAGCUGCGGUCGACAUUUAUCCGCUUCCAAGCAGCGAUUCGUGGAUACCUUCUUCGUCAGAGACUUAUCAAGGUCAUGCAGGAGAAUCAGGCCGCGAUGACGAUCCAAGCUGCUUGGAGAGGUCACGUCCAACGAAAGGCCUACUUGCGCACGAAGGCAGCGUCUAUUGUCAUUCAGCAGAAAUGGAGAGCUGUCCAGCACCGCCGACGGGAGCAGCACAUGUACGACGAGUACCGAUGGGCAGCGAUUGUCACCCAGCGCUGGUGGCGUGCUUGCAAGGCUGGCCAUGAGACAAGGCAGCAGUACAGGAAGCUGCGUGAGGCGUCAAUUGCUGUUCAGUCGAUCUACCGCGGACAAGUUGCCAGACGAGAGGCGUUGGGUCUACAGACGAUAGUGCGUGUCCAGGCAAUGGUCCGUGCCAGAUUUGCCCAGUGGCAGUACGAGCGACUUCGGCUUGCCGCCUUGGUCGUCCAGACUCGCUGGAGGGCUCGGCAGUCUGGUAUCGAGCAGAGGAUCGUGUAUGACACCAUGGUUCACGCAUCUAUCCUGAUUCAGAGGAAGUGGCGCGCUGUUUUGAAGGGUCGGCAGGUCCGACAGGCCUACCAGGCGGCUCGUGCAUUGGUCGUUGCGACUCAGUCUCAUGCCAGAGGCGCUCUUGUUCGGAAGCAGUAUCAGGAUAUGCGAUGGGCUGCUGUCACGAUUCAGAAAAGGUGGCGCGCUCGUGUGCAGGGACAGGAGCAGAGACGCGUGUAUCUGGAACAGUGGAAGGCUGCCAGGACGAUCCAGACUACCUGGAGGGCGGUGCAGUUGGGACAACAGCAGAGGCAUGCGUACUUGGAUCUGCGGUGGGCUGCCAUUGUCAUGCAGCGGGCCAGGAGAGAUGUUGUACAGACUCGGGCGAUGAACAUGAAGAUUGCGGCUGAGCGACAGGCGGCGGCGCUCCUCAUCCAGACUGGCGCACGUGGGUUCCUUACCCGGAAACGCAUUAUUGCACACCUCGAGGACCGUGAGAGAAUUAUGAGCCGCUGGGUUGAGGUGUCGUCUGCUUCGUUCGCGGCCAUCAGGAUCCAGCGCGCCUGGCGUUCUUACCAGAUCAGGAAGAUGGAGGAGUUGUAUACAUUUGCUGCCAUCAAGAUCCAGCGAUGGUGGCGCGAUUGCCAGGAGCAGUACACGAUCGGCGUGCUCAACCAGCUGACGCUGCAGAUGCAGACUCAGAUCCAUGGAGUUUUGGCUCGUCGACGUGCUCUGCGCCGUAUGGACGCGAUCGUCAAGGUGCAGUCGUGGUGGCGUGGACAUGUCGUCCGUCAGGAUUGUACCGCCAAGAUCAAGGCUGCGCGCAAGAGGAUCGAGCAUGCCAACGCGACGGCGGAGGAGCACAUGAAGCUGGGCAAUCGUACUACCAUGGCGCUGGAUAUCUUGUUGAGCAGUGGUCAGCUCUCCGCUGUUUUGAAGGCCUGCUAUCACCUCGAUGUGGUGACAAGGCUGUCGAAGAACAGUUGUUUGCGUUUGGUGGAGCAUAAUGUGGUCAACAUUAUAUUCCAGUUGAUCAAGUCGUGCAACCGCAGUCAGCCGCACAUGGAGGUUCUGAAGCACAGCCUCAACAUUCUCGAGAACCUUUCCUGGGACCGCGAUACCACCGGAUCUGUCUUCUGGGCACCUGACGGACUAGAGAUUCUGGUCGACACUGCGCAGUCGUACCGCGAGAACGAUAUGGUCUUUGACUCGACCCUGACGAUCAUGUUGAUCCAUUUGGACCAUGAGUUCUUGACGCAGCGCCAGAUCCAGCAGCAGAUUCAACCGGAUAUGGACGGGUACUUGAAGCGGAGGAGGGUCUUCAAGGCCAUGGCGAACGAGGCCAAGAAGCUCAGGGGGAUCCUGACGGUUAUGGAGCGCAAGUUGGAGAGGGAAACCCGCGGUAAGCCGCCUUUGACGGCUACGAGGAUGAGGCAAUUGCCUCAAAACUCUCCCUUGCGGGCGCUGGUUACUUCUGUCAACAAGCUGCGGAGGAUUGGGGAGCUCGUUUUUUAA